AUGUUGGCGAAGACAGAUCCGUGGCACAGGAAUCGUGUUGUUCAUCUGUAUCAAAAAAUAAUUCGGUCUGUUAUUAAGUUCGUUGUUCGAAUGGAGUUGAAAGGUGUAAACCGUGGCUACCUGAGAGUUGAGGAUAUACAAAUCGAUGAAAACUAUGAAGCGAUCAUCCCAAUUAUUGUCGAUGCUAAUGCUACAAGUUAUAGACACGGAUUUCUGUGGUUAAUGAAAGAAAUGCUCGGCAAAAAUCGCGGAAGAACAAAAGAGUUGUCCAACUUUUUAAACAUGCUUCGUUGUGAAAGGGAGUGGUACCGAUUCGAGCAAUUACUUUAUCAUCCCCUCCUUCGAUCGUCCGUCGAGAGGUAUCACUAUUAUAUUGAUGGUUUGAUCCAUCUCCAACAUGUUCAACGUGGUGAACAUAAAAACAUUAAAGAGUUGUUCAUCAUGCGGUGGGAUGAGAGUCUUGAUGUCAAAGGAGCUGUGGGUGAAUUGGAAGGUUUUCAUGGUGUGUUGAGUAAAAAAGAAUAUGAGAAUAAUGUGUGGGGAGCACUUGAAUUCUCAAGCAAUGCUUGUCUCGAGGUUAAUGAUCAUUUGGACCAUGAAGAACAUCUGACAGAAGAACAAGUGGAAAAAAAGCUUAGUUCGUUCUUCCCAAGUCUGUUGUUACAAUUGUAUGCUUUUCUAAUUGAAAUGUAUUCUCAUGUGGACCUGAGCGUAACGCCGGAAGCGAUUGACUUGUUUGAGCGCAUGUUGAAACGAGACGUUGGAAAUGCGAUUAUCGACAUGUAUGCUAAAUGUGGCUGCAUGGAAGAUGCCUGCUUAUGUUUCAAGAACAUGCCUUUGAAGAAUGUAGUUUCAUGGACUGCUUUGGUUGCGGGGUACGGAAAACAAGGCCGGGAAUAG